GAAAAAUUAGUCCAAAUCCAAAAUUAAUUGAUAAACCAAUUAAACAAAAGAAAAUCUUAUACAAGAAAUAAACAAAGUUAACAAAAAAACAAAUUUAUACAGAUGAAUUGGUUCAAGGGAAGUAUUGCUGAAGCAGUCACUCUUUCAAAGCAAAAGAAUGCAACUUUUGUUGUUUAUGUUGAAGGAAAAGAUGAAAACUCUGUUAAGUUAACUGGGUUCUUAAAUCAACCGGAAAUCAAGCAAAAACUUGAAGAUGACAACUUCGUGGCUAUUAAAAUCGAAGGGGGAAGUGAAUCCUACAUGCAAUUUGCAAGAAUAUAUCAAAUUGUUCCACUUCCAUCGUUGUUCUUUAUUGGCAAAAAUGGUACCCCUCUAGAAAUCGCAACUGGUAUAUGCGCUUCGAGUGAAGAAUUAGAAUCGAAAAUCGACAAUGUCUUGAAACUAACAGGAAAAGUUAGUAAUACUAGUUCUGCUGCUUCUGCAUCAGCUGCUUUUAUUGCUGGUGAACAAAAGAAAGAAGUUGCUGCAUCAACUCCCACAACUUCUGCUGGAGCAAAAAAAGAACAAAUAUCUCAAGACGAUCUAUCAUCCAUAUCUGAUUUAAGAUCAAUAACAGAAUCAAAACCAGUUGAAGAUACAACUUCUUCAAAAUCAAGUUUAUCUUCAAUUGAAUUACCAACUUCGUCAGAUGCUCCAGAAUCAUCCGCUGUAUCACCACCAAAUGAUCUUUAUUGCACCGACACUACAUGUUUCCGUAAACCUAAUAAUGCUGUUAGUUCCCAUGAUAUUGUUGAUCCUCCUUCUGAUAAUACAUCCUCAUUAGCUGAAUCGAUUUCAAUGGAUACAGUACCAGCACCAUCUGAGACAGCCCCAACAACACCACCAAAUGAUGUGGCUGACACUACACCAGUGAAAGCUUCCACCCCAGAUCCUACUCCAUCGACUCCCGUUUCAACUCCCACAACUGCCUCAAGUCCCCCUGCUCGAGGACCAUUGGAAGAAAAUCCAGCAGCUGCCAUAGAUAAGCUAGAACAAGCUAAGCAGCUAAUCGAGGAACGAAGAAAACUCAAACAAGCAGAAGAAGAGCGACAAGCACGUGAACGCGAACUUAAUCGCCGAAAAGAUGGCAAAGCCUCUCAAGGUGUGCAAAAAUGGCAAAAGGAGCAGGACUUCAAGGAACUAAAAGAAAGCAUUCGACGCGAUAAAAUGGAAGAUCAAGCUGCACGUCAACGUAUCCUCGAACAGAUUGCCAGUGAUCGAGCAGAACGAGCAAACAAAUUCACUCCACCCUCUCCCAAUCCAACGCCCCAAGCAACAACCCCAACUACAGUCAAUCCCCCAAGUAACCUGGAAAUGUCUCGCAUUCAAUUUCGCAUCCCGAAUGGAGAAACUAGCACUCAGACUUUUGAGAGUUCAGAUACUUUUGCAACUGUGCGGGCAUAUGUCAAAGUUGUUGUUGUCAAGGGAACCGGAAUCAAAGAUUUUACCUUGGCCACAACAUUCCCCAAACACGAAUUCACAGAGGAGGAUGACAAAAGGACGCUUUUGGAACUCGGGCUAGCCCCGAGUGCUGUCAUAUUGAUUAUUGGCAAAGCGAGCAGUGGCCCUUCAGCGGUUGUGGCGCGUUCAGGGGGAAUAGUCAACAUAUUCAAUACAGUUUUUUGGGCUUUAAUGACACCGGUUUUGUCUGUCUUUGGGUAUAUAAGGAAUUUUAUAAUUGGAAGAAAUGAUGGUGGUGCAGAUGGACCUCGUCCGGCCACCACAGGAGCUCAGAAACGAGCAAAUGAAGAGCGAAUCGAUGCAAAUGAUUUGGCAAAGAAACGAAACCUCGAUCGAUUCCUUUUAACAAAGGACGGUCCAUCAACUUCGAAGGAGGCAAUGGCAACGGCCAAUUCAACAGGUGGAGCAUAUCGUCGAGUUGGUGGAUCAAAUAUACAUCGUUUAUCAGAUCAGCGUAAAGAUUCCGAUGAUGAGAAUAAUACUUGGAAUGGUAAUUCAACGCAGCAGCAAUAAAUACUCUCAACCAGUUAAAGAAAGUGGGCUGUCGUUUCUUAAAAAAAAAAAAACUACAUUAUAAAAAAAACCGUAUUUAACAAACAAGUGUUUUUUGUGGCUUUUUUUUUAGAUAUAUUAUAAAAUAUUAUAUUGAACAUUUGUUCUAAAAACACACACAAAAAAUAAAUUUUUUGUUUAGUCUCUCAUUCCUAUGCGAAAUUCAGCACUAACGCGCAUAAAAUUUAAAAAAAAAAAACUUUAAAUAAACAAACAAAUUAAUAAAUAAACAAAAAUGAAAGCACUA